UCCUCCGGUUACCAUUAAUAUUGCUGGAACAUGCAAAUUCAGUUCUCCAGCGGCCCCGCCUUUGCGUCUACCCCGCCAUGAGUUCAUCUCUCGAGGCCAAGAUCGUCAUCUUGGGCUCACAAGGCGUUGGCAAAACGUCUUUGGUCCAGCGCUAUGUGAAGAACGCUUUCCAUCCUGUGGGAACCGCGUCCACCGUCGGCGCAUCCUUCGUCACCAAGCGUGUCCUCGACAGUUCCUCGGAUACCAUUGUCCGUCUGCAAAUUUGGGACACGGCUGGACAAGAGCGGUUUCGCAGUAUCUCUAAGUUGUACUACCGUGGCGCUAACGCCUGCCUCCUGUGUUACGACAUUACGGACGAACAAAGCUUCCAGGAAAUGACGGGAUGGUUACUGGAAUUGAAGAAGAACUUGGGUGAUGAGGACCCGGUUGUAAUCCAUGUCGUCGGAACGAAAUCAGAUAUUGUAGCAUUGGAUCCAUCCCGUCGUCGAGUCCCCUUUGAACGUACCAUUGCCUACGUCGCCGAGCAGCUGUAUCCGUCUCAGGCGUCCACUCCCCCGCCCACGGCUGGCGUCAGCCAUUCGUCUAGCACCACGCUCCAAGGUCUCGACAGCAAGCGCAGUAGCGGGUUUUGGGGACAAGAUAUCGGAUGGGACUGCUGUCAUGAAAUCAGCGCCAAGGACGGUGAGGGCAUCGAGGAGGUUUUCCAGGUCAUCACGCGCAAGCUGGUGGAGCAGCGUAAUAAACAACUUGGCAUUACCUCAUCACAGGGGUCUACAUCAGGCCUGGACGGCGUUACAUCGCCGGUGGGGCCAGGGACUCUCGAAGGCAAUGGUAGUUUUAGGCUGGGACAUGGUGACAAGCGUCGAAGCUGGCUUGGAUUCCCACCUAGUAGUGUCGGAGAGGAGCUCGAUGAGAGAAUUGAAAUCACCAAGAAGAAGGGAAAAUGUUGCUGA